UGAUACAGGGAGGAAAGGCGGCUAGCUCGAGUAAAUACUCGGAGCGCGUUUUUUCAGCAGCUGUUGUUAUGCCUGGGUAAUUUAUCGUAAUGUUUAUUAUAAAUGUCAGUCAUAUCAAAAAUACGGCCCUACUGUCUAUCUUUUGGAACUGGAUGUUAUAUAGUUUCAAUAAUCAUUUCCGAAUGAAAGGGAACAACGAUUAGCAUCUCUCCUAUCUAUUGCUCCUAAUAAAAACCCUCACAUACAUUCUUUGUGGCUGACAGUGGACUGUAUCAAUAAUGAAAGGUCCACUCACAAAAUAAAAUUACUGUUAUCAGUCUCAGUGACUUCUAGCCAAUGUGAAGUAAAAGUACAAAGAAUGUACCUGAAAAAGUUUGACUAUUAUUAUGAUUUGAUGGUUUAUGUCGUAAUCGCUGUUAGACCGUGAUGUACAUAUCCAAGCACCUUAUUGCCUACCGAUAAUGAAAUAGAUUAUCUCAAUAUGGAAUUGUCGCCCAUUGAUUGUAACAUAAAUGAUCUAACAGACAAAGACAUCUUGACACAUUUUACUGAAUGAAGUGUCAGUAGAUACUUAAUUCUUUAGUUACGACUGUGAUUCCGAUUUAGAGUUAGUGCUACGGUUUAGGAAUAGAAUGUCAAGUUAAGGAUUCAUGUCUAUAGCUAGGAUUGAGGUUUAGAAUUUAAGGAGUGUUGCAGUUUGCAGUUAGUCUAUAUAUUCCGUAAAUACUAACUAACUUCAAGUCCUAAACUAUAUUCUAACAGUAACUUUAGACCAUUAAUUCCGUAUACUGAUCCUAACCUUAAUUCAUAAAAUCUGCAUCAAAUGCUGAACUUUAAAACCUAAUCCUAACUCUGGAUCUUAAUCGUGAACUGCAAUACUAAACCAAAAUCUUAGUUUUAGCAGUAUAAAUCAUUUGUUUAUAUCCGUUGUAUUCUGAUUGGCUGAGUAGAUUGGACUUAUCAGUAAUAUUUAUUGAGUCGCUCGAGCACACCCUUACAGUUUUCGAGAACAGGAACACGGCUUAUUUUCCGAAAAAAUUCCGUCUCAAAAAUCUAGUUGUUUAUUCUUUCUUCUCUAAGUUCUCAAUAAUAUUAAACUGUGAUUACUCGCAAAUCAAAAUAACACCUCUCAAUAUGUACGUACUAAUCUUUGCGACAAAUCAGAUUUAAUAUUCAACUGAGUUGAUGUUACUUGUGUUUAUAAACGCUUAUAACAGACGAAAUAUUGAUCCAUAACUCAGUAUUUAAAAGUCAAGUAUUUAUCUAACAAGUGACAAGCAGCUCGUCCUUGAUAAAUAACUGCAUAACCACUGCUUUAGUUGUGGAUCCAGAAAAGAAAACGGUUAACGUCAGCGCUAUUUAUUGGUGUCAGCCUGGAUUACUUACAUUUCUAGAACUUAAAAGGUCUGCCAUUCGGCAUUCAAGUGGGCUUCAUCAAGGGAAUUAAACAGUCAAUUGGAAUUACUGCUUUCUGAGUUUAUAUCUGAUUAAGGUGCUACUUAGGAAUGAUCCUAGAUAGUGACUAAAUUAUUUAAAUACCUUUUUUUAAGUGUUCUAUCAAGAGUUCGAUCCUUUCUCCCUCUUAACUCACACUGAAGAGCUGACUAUUGCCAGUUUUUAGGUGGAAACGUGUGCCACACAAACAACUUUAUAAGCUUGUACUUGAUUGACAAGUCGUAUAAAAUUUGAAGCGAAUAGUAAUUUAAUGCUCAUUCUUAUCUUAUUUCAAGAUGAAUAUAAUGAGGAUCUUAGGUAUAAUUUUUAAUUCGAGAAACACAUGUAGUUCUAAGUAAAGAAAAUUGUCUAAAUCAUAUUAGUCGUGCAACAUCACAAGCUGGCAACCUAAAAAUCGUUAAUCACCAGAUUAAAACCUAGUGAUAAUAGUACAAGUUCACCACUGGUCUUGAGUGUCACAAAUUUUUGUUACUAUAAUAUGGAGGGUACACAGCUGGGAAGUUUCAAGCGGUAUCGAAAUAGCCGUCCAUUAAUUUCUGGAUAACACCAUUUCUUUUUACUCGCAGUGCGCUUUUCUUAUUUAUGCGAAUUCUAUGACUUUUUAUUGUUUCUGUAGGAGAUGUGUGACAAACCUUUCUUUUAUAACCCCGAUAUCGAUACGAAAAUUGCCGGUUUAUAUGAUCUACAACAUACAAUUGGACGAGGACAUUAUGCUGUUGUGAAACAAGCACGUCAUGUAUUUACUGGUGAGAAAGUUGCAGUGAAAGUAAUCGACAAGACCAAACUAGACAAUGUUUCACGAGAUCAUUUGUUUCAGGAAGUUGUAUGCAUGAAACUUGUUCAGCAUCCAAAUGUGGUUAGAUUAUAUGAAGUUAUUGACACGCCAACCAAAUUGUAUCUCGUUCUUGAGUUAGGUGACGGAGGAGACCUAUAUGAUUACAUAACAAGUCAUGGCGAUGGUCUAAGUGAAAAAGUUGCAAAACGGUAUUUUCGCCAAAUAGUAACUGCCAUUGCUUAUUGCCACAAGUUAAGAGUGGUUCAUCGAGAUCUAAAACCAGAGAAUGUAGUUUUUUUCGAGAAACUGGGUUUGGUUAAGUUAACAGAUUUUGGAUUCAGUAAUAAAUUUAUUCCUGGCACUAAUUUAGACACAGCUUGCGGCUCGUUGGCUUACUCAGCUCCGGAGAUAUUGCUUGGUGACUCAUACGAUGCUCCAAAAGUGGAUAUUUGGUCCUUAGGUGUGAUAUUAUAUAUGCUUGUCAGCGGAAAUUUGCCUUUUCAAGAAACAAAUGAUAGUGAAACGUUAACGAAGAUCAUGGAUUGUGAUUAUUCCAUGCCUUCACAUUUAUCACCAGACUGUAAACGGCUUAUUUCUCGUCUACUAAUACGUGAUCCACAAAAGCGUGCUCAUCUUGAUGAUAUCCUACAAGAUGACUGGCUAAAGCUAGAUGGUAAUGACUUACCUAUUGAGCUGUUUUCUGUCCCCUUGAUAUCUCGUGAACAUCUUUCAUUUGAAGACCAUAUGGAGAUUCUAUCCAAAAUGGCUGAGGGUGAACUGGCGUCUGUUGAUGAAAUACAGUCUACUUUAGAUCGUAAUGAAUACAACCACAUAGCUGCUACAUACUACUUACUUGCGGAGCGCAAACUGAAACGUAACUACAUAGAAGAAUAUAAGCGGUUAGCAAGCCAGUCUCAACUAAUUGAAAAACGAAAACAAGAACAACAAAAAUGUAUCAACUGUGUGUUUGGACUAUCUGAAAAUGCAAAACAAGUGCAGAAUGUUGAAAACAAUAUAACCCCUAAAUCUUUGGUAAAUAGUGUGAUGGGUUCAAGUACUGCGACGCCAACUUCACGCAUUUUAAGUUCUUUAGGCUCAUCAAAUGUAGAGGAUCGUGUCAGGCGUUUCAGUAUGAUUUUAGAAGAUGAAGAAGAAGAGGAAGAAAGUAAAGGGUCUCCAAUAGCAUCUACUUCAUUCGACAGGUAUAUUGCAGGUAUAAAUGAGUCAGCGAAAAUGGUCAAUGAUUCGGAUGCCUUACACCCCUGUUUCGCUGAUACGUCUGAAGAGGCAAUGCUGGAAGAAGAGGAAGAAGAACUUGCUACUGUUGCUGGUUUGGCAUGCGUUCGUUCUGAACUUUUAACUGAUCAAAUGGUUAAUCAUGUAUUAAGUAUAUCAGAAUCAGAAUUCACAUCAAAUGUCCAUGGAAAUGUGGUUUCAACUCGUCCUUGUUCUAGAACAAGUGGUUCUGCAGUUGGAGCAUCUGAUGGCGCUGAGUCAGAUGUUUCUCUUAGUCCCUGGAAUGCAAAUGGGACGGGUUUUGUAAGUUCUUUGAAUCGAGUUACAUCCACCACUCGUUCUCUUCCACCUGUUGAAACUCGAAGAAAGAAUACCUAUAGACGAGGACUUAUAUCGCACCGUCCACUUACUACAGUGAAGAGCAGUCCGCAGCUUCUGAAACAUUCUGCUGAAGAAGAUUGGAACAUUCAUACCUCAAUAGAAACCAAUAAUUCCCUCCACAUGGAUAAACGCAGAAAGAAAUUAGGAGAAUGUUUUAUACAAAACCCGGCUGUCUAUACUACAGCUGAAGAUAGUUUAGGAAUCCGAUCUUUGCGUAGUUCGUAUAACUUGUACCGUAGUAUCAAAUAUGUCGACGAUCAGUUGAUUGGCCUGAGACCUACAAGUUUUUACACUACUGCAACCCAACAAACAUAUUCUGGAGCUCAUAGUCCAGCGUGGACACGAAGGUUUUUGAAUACACCUGUAUCGUCGUCUCGUCCAGCAAGUAUCGGGAGCUGGAAUGCUGUUCUCAACAUGAGUUUAGUGAGUGAUCAGCGCCGCCCAUCAUUCUGUUCAUCUCCUGUUGAGCCACAAAUAGGCACCAUCAAUAGAAGAAAGGUUCUUUAUUCAAAUCACAGCCAAGGCCCAUAUGUUUUCAACAAGGGGAUUAAUCCCGACCGAAGAUGCAGUGGACCUCCAGGUUUAUUGUUAGCAGUCUCAGGAUUGUAUUAUCCAGGUUCAGGUGUUACGUUACCCAGUCGCUCAGACUCAGAUACCUCAUUUCUAGAACAGCAUGACACUAGUCAUUUACCCCCUAACUUGGACCACUCUUUUUCUCCAGAAGAGCCUUCAGAUGAAUCUUACACGCAAAAUGAGACUAAGUGUUCAGGUACAAUUACCGAAAUAAGUGACAUCAUUAAGAAUAACCAUCGCAGUAUUUUACCGUCAAUCUCUGGAGUAAAUAAAAGAGGUUCUACUAGAUCUCCGCAUCGCACUCUUAGCAGUUCUCGUAAAACUGCUAGUUGGUGUAGUUCCGCACCUAUAUUGUGCGAAACAUCUGAACAGCCCCAUUUAACUUAUGUACCAUCAAAUAGUAUUGGGCUGACCACUUUGUCACUUGAAAGUAACUCUCAGUUGGGUGGUUCGAAUACGGUUCGAGAACAUUGCACUCCGAUACGUGAAGAAGAUGACGAAGUAGUACGCUCUGGAGAAUCUACUUUUAAGACACCUAAUCUGUUAUUUGGCUUGAAUCACCGAAGGAAGUCUGAAUCGUCAAGUAUGCAUACAAGUUCAACUCUUUUCACGACAUCCAAUAUUACCCGUGGUGGAUUCGCAACUUUGGCUGAAUCGGAGUCAACUUCAACCAUUAGUCAGUUACCCAACAUAAGUGCUCAGCGAAACGAUGCUUUACAAAAUGGUGGCAGUUCACAAUGUACUACAUCCAAUUUCUCACUUAGCUCUCUCGCAACAAGUUUGCGAGAUUCACGCUACAUGAUCGACAUUAUACGUGGAACAUUUGAAUUACAAUGUCAGUAUAACCGUAGAUUUACUAAUUCCAUUGCUGGAGUUAGCAGUUGUGAAUAUAAUUCUAGCCGAGCUAGUACCUCAACAUCUGUUCGUAGCCUCACUGCUAUAUCAGAAAAUUUCCCUAUCAGCAAUCAACUAAAAGAAGAUUUUCCUUUACAAGAUUCACAAAGACUCCCCCUUCAUCAUCGUCAUUUACUCCAUCCAUUGGAAUCCACCUUAAAAGCUUCUACAAAAAACAAUAUUUUACAGAAUUCCAAUAUGGUCAAAAAUUCUAUGAAUAGUUGUUUGAAUCGUGAUUUUCUUGUUACAGGUUCAUCUCAGAAAAGUAGAAUGAGUUUACCAGCUAGUAUAAGUGGCAUUACAAACCCAGAUGUUGCCUGUUCAGUGAGUCCUGUUUUAGAAUCGAAUAAAAACAAUUUUCCCUCCUCUCUUUCUCUUGAGCAUAGUUCACCUGUAAGAUUUGACAAUCUUCUUACUCAUAACCAUAGGAAUGGGUCUUGUAAAUCUGUUAGUCAAUCUACAACUUCAUUUAAACGUCCUUCACAUUUGUCUUCAGGACGAGAAUCUUUUAAGAAGUCGAACAUCAGCUGUCUUCCUGAUCAUGGUUGUAGUAUAGUUGAAAACAUGAAUUCAGAAACCCAUAAUAAUAGUAAUAACAAUAAUAAUAACAUCAGUCAUUAUUCUGAGUUGUCAAGUGAAUCCGUUAACCAAUGGACUCGUAAAUCAAAUACGUCAAAUCAUAAACAAGUAUCAUCGUUUAUACUAAGCAAACAUAGAGCUAGAUUAGCAUGUUGCUCAGUUUCGUGAUAAUGACUAUAAUUUUGUCUUCCAUUAUUUACAUAUAUUUUGUAUAAAUAAUUUUCUGUUAGUUUUUAGAAUCAUUUGUUUAAAUCACCAUUGUGUUUUCUCUCUUUAUUUUGUCUCUUCUUUCUCUCUUACCCCUGUUCAUGAUCAUAAAAUGAGAUAUUAUUUACGUUUUUAUGGUAUUUAUUUCAGUUCAUAGUUCUGCUUUGUUUCACUUUCCUGUAUGCGCUUAAGUAUGUAUUACAUAGAUACUCUCUGUUUCAUUUUCUCUAUAUAUCUAGUCCACUGUUCUUUUCGUUCACUAAGCAGCUUAAUUACUACAGUAAUCUUACUCUUAACAUUAUUACUGAUUAGUGUUUAUGUUACUAAGAUCAUUCUCUUGCUUAUACUCCAUCUACUACUACCAGCUAGUCGUACAUUGUUUACUCGCACAUUUCUAAUCAGAUAUAUUUGAUCAUUCAUAUUUUAGAAAAACAACUGACUAUUUUGACUAUACGCUUUUUAUCUUUCUAUAUUAUAUUGAUAUUCUAAAUUGUUUGGGUAUUAUGAUUUUAUUAUAUUUGAUUAAAACAAAAUUAACCAGUGUCUGUAUUUUUGAUCAUGGCUUCUUAUACUCUGCUUACAAAAUUAUAACAAGUAGAUAAGUGUAUAAAUACUCUUUCUAUUUUAAGAAGAAAAAGAAAAAGAUUUUCUUUAUCUUAUUUUUGUUUUCGAAACUUUUACUUAAAAGUAUGUUGUGGUAUCUGUGCAUGGAUCAUUGAUAUUCUUGAGACUAAUAAUAAUAAUAGUAAUAAUGAAACAUUCAAUUAUACCUUAUAUCUAUGUGUAUAGAUACACUAUUUUACAUACUGUCAAACACUUUCACUUUGUCCUGUCAUUUCAUUAUCUCACCGCUUUUCUCAUUGUCUCUGUAAAUAUAAUACAUAUAGAAUGGAUAUCAUUCGGUUCAUGACUAAAUUAUUAUGUUUUUCUUUCAUUUCUUCCCCUUCUUCUUCUCUUUAUUAUAUUGUUAUUUGUCAUCAACGCUUUUUUUGCUGCAUAUUAUACCUAACUCUGUAAAUAUUCGCCUAUCUAUACGUCUAUUGUAUCCCGGUUAUUCUUGUUUUCUUUUUUUAUUUUAUUUUGAGCUUGUUUUCCAAAGUGUAUGUCUCUUUAUUUAAUUCUUAUGAGUAUUUUAAAUAUAUAUAUAAAUCCAUUUGAUUUAUUAUGAUAAUUUUGUUCUAAAGUUGAUUUCAUUUGUUACCAGAUUUCCAGUCUUGAAUAUGGUCUCGAUCAAUUGUAGAUUAAUUGAUUUGAUUGUUUGAAAAUCUUAUUUACGCCUGUUACUCCUUGUGGAGGAACAUAGGUCUCCCACUAACACUCUCUAUUCAUCCUUUUCAUAUCUGCUUCUAUUUCUCGACGUAAUGUGUUCUUUGGUCUUCCUAUUUUCUUCUUCCCUUCAUGGUUCCCAGUUAGCGUUUGUUUUAUGAUACAGUUUGGUGAUUUCCUCAAUGUAUGUCCUAUCCACUCCCAGCGUCUUUUCUUAAUUUCUUGUUCAGCUGGUUUGUACCCCUGACACAGUAGAUUGUUGCUAAUGGUAUCCGGUCAGCGAACAUUGAGUGUCUUGCGUAGAAAGUUGUUGAUAAAUAGUUGUAACUUUUUGAUGAUGGUUGUUGUAGUUCUCCAAGCUUCAGCUCCAUACUGUAGAACUGCCCUUGACAUUCGUAUUGAAGAUUCUCACUUUGAUAUUGGUUGACAGUUGUUUUGAGUUCCAUAUGUUCUUCAAUUGUAGGACAGCUUUCCUGGCUUUGCUAAUCCUCGCCUUUACAUCUGCAUCUGAUCCUCCUCGUCCAUCGAUGAUGCUUCCCAGGUAUGUGAAGGAUUCUGCAUCUUCCAGAGUUUGUCCAUUGAGUGUGAUUGGGUUGUUGUAUUUUAGGACCUUGGUUUUCCCCUUGUGUAUGUUGAGGCCUACUGAUGCAGAGACUGCUGCCACACUGGCUAUCUUUAUCUGCAUUUGUUCGUGUGUAUGCGAUAGGAGGUCUAGGUCAUCUGCGAAGUCCAAAUCGUCUAAUUGGUUCUGAGCUGUCCAUUGUAUUCCGUGUUUCCCCUCAGAUGUCGAGGUCUCCAUAAUCCAGUCGACCACCAGAAGAAAGAGGAAGGGAGAGAGUAGAAAGCCUUGUCUGACUCCAGUCCUUACUUGGAAUGCAUCUGUCAGCUGUCCUCCAUGCACAACCUUGCACUGUAGUCUGUCGUAUGGAUUCCGUAUAGUGUUGACAACCUUCUCAGGAACUCCAUAGUGUCGAAGAAAUUUCCAUACUGUUCUACUAUUCCUAACGCUAACCAGAAAAAGUAAUUCAAACCAUUGUUUAAAAAUAGGUUUUAAUAAAUGAUAUUCUGGAUAUAAUGAUAAAUUAAUACAGAACGCUAUAUUGUAUGUAGAAGGUAAAGGUAUAGCACUAAAUUCUCUGGGAGGAUAUGGUUUGUAAAUUUUUUCGUAAAGGAAAUUUAUCACCAAAGCGUCGAUAUUUUAAAUCAGCAGUUGGGGACCGUUAUUUUCUUAGUAGGUAAACUAGGAUGUCAUUUUUGUGAAUUAAUGGUUUAUGUAAGAGAGUGUUUCCAGGAUAACUACAUACUGCAGAAAAAAAACAACAGUGAAAAUUACUGUGAUAGCUCUGAAUUAUUAGGGAGGAGUUUGUGCGCAGUUAUAGUAUAAAACAAGAUAAUGAGUAAUAGGACUGUUCAGUAGAAAUUACAGAGUUUACAUAAUGCAUAUACAUAACCGAUCGUUCAUUUACAUCUCGUUGAGUGGUUUGCAUUUUAAACUUGUUAUCAACUGUUCUGCCCGCUCCGUACUUCCGAUGUACUGAGACUCGUCACUUCGUGUGAUGGCUGUGACAACUUCGAGGCUACAUUCUACGUACAAGCGAUCUUGUGGGUAGCGUCCACUAAAUUAGCAAUGAUCACUUUUAAUGUCCUUAUAAUUCCACUAAUCGGUUGGAAUAUAGUUACCAGUGUAAGCAUUUUCCCGGUGGUUUAAGAGGAAAGGUAAUCAUCAUCGCAGCCAACAGAUAAUGGUAUUAAUCUUAUUUCACGGACAAAUUAUCCCAUGGUAUCGAUGAUUUAUUUGCUGUCAUUUUUAUAAACAGAAGGUUUGAAACGAAAGAGUUACGAAUGUUAUGACUAAAUGUUUUUCCAUAUUGGACUGCAUUGGUGGUUGUAAUAUUUUUAAGGGAAAGUUUAGUUCAAGUAUGUGGUUCCUCAAAGGGUCGAGACCAAGUCUAGUAAAUAUGGGUUUAUAUGUUGAGGUAUAGUCAUUCCUGGUAAUCCAAGGUGUAAACCGCCUUUGGACAGGUUCCAACCUUAGUUCAUUCUUCAUGUAAACAUUACUUAGAAUAAAAAUACAAUAUUCUUAGAGUGGUCGGGCAUUGUUGCGGAGGUCAUAUUAUUUAUUUAUUUAAUUGCGCUAACUUGAUUCCCAGUAUUUAUCAAAUCCCCAAGAAACCAGGAUUAUGUUAUGGCUCA